CCAAGAUGAUGGUAGUGACCAGUGUGAGACUACCACCAAAAUGGCCAUUUAUUUAUUCUCAGAUCCAAGAUCGGAGAAGGCAAUGGCACCGCACUCCAGUACUCUUGCCUGGAAAAUCCUAUGGAUGGAGGAGCCUGAUUUCAUGACUACAUGGCUUCUGUCUUGUUGCCUGCCUGAAAUUCAAAGCCAUCAUUUGUUUCUUGAGCCCAGCUGUAUGUAUGCCCAGUAUUGUGACAGAAACAGAAAGAGAUAGAGAAACUGCCCUCCAGGAUUUCAAUACAUGAGCCAGACACAGGAGCUCCAACUUUUUCUUUAAUCGUCAAAAUUCCCCUGACCAGAGAGUGGUAUAGGAAAAACAAGUCCUGUAUUAAGUAUUCUAACCCAUUACCAUUGACAAAGAUGCCUUCCUUGACCCAAACUUAUUUUUUAGUAAAAGUUGUAUAUAUUUAAGGUAUAUAACAUGAUGGUUUGAUAUAGUCAGGCUCCUCUCAGCUGCCUUCUCAACUAGGCCUCAACUUUGGCCUAAAAAGAACUAUAACCUUCAGCACAAUUUCAUCCACUCUCUACAUUAAGAGACUUGAACAAACACCAGCAUAGUUUCUAUCAAUUCAAGGCCAUGUCGCUAGGAUGAUACCAACCUGUUUAAAAUGCCUGUCUGAGAAAGUUCAAAAGUGCCAAAAGAAUUUACUGUUCAUUUCAGCCAAAACCUGACUAUAGCCCCCUGAUCUUCCUUUUCUCAGAAAUUUACUUUAGGAAACUUGUGAUUGUAAAUCUUUUCUCUGUCCCUUUGAAAUGUAUCUUUUAUAACCCAGGGAAAUGUUUCUCAAAGGCCUGGGAGUCAUCCCUUUGAAAUGUAAUCAUCAAGAAAGACAGGGCCCCUGUCUCCCAGUCUCUAUGGAAGGGUAGGAAUCUAACUUUGAUAAGCACCAGUUAGCAAACACAGAUGUCCUGAUCACAUUGAUUAACUUCCCACCGCACAGAUUUCCCUAAGCACUCCUCUGUCCAUGGAAUUUUCCAGGCUAGAAUACUGGAGUGGAUAGCUAUUUCCUUCUCCAGGGGAUCUUCCUGACCCAGAGAUUGAACCCACAUCUCCUGCCUCUCCUGCACUGGCAGGCAGAUUCCUUACCACUGUGCCACCGAGAUUUUACUUCCCAGCAUUUUAAAGGCCUUUUGUUUCAGUGGAUUGAGCUCUGUUCAUCUGAAUUAUCUCUCUUACUUCAGUAGCCUGAAUAAAAUAGGUUUUGCCACCUCAAACAAAGGUCCAGCUCUGUUUGUCUCCGAUGCCAUGAACUGACAAGAUCAAAAUUGUACAGGAGGGUUAAGACAUGUGAUUUGAGGUAACAGAUAAAAGAAGAAAUGAAGGUAGAACCAAGGAUUUGAAACUCUAUGAUUUAGGUGUUCAUCUUAAUUGAUUUUUAAUUUAGUUACAUUUGUUCCCAUGAGGUUAAGGUGAAGGCUGGUGGAGAAAGGACAAGGAAAAACCAAGAUAAGACUUGAGCACAAUAAGAGGAUUUGGUUACGGGCUAAUGUUUCCAAACUGGGGCUAACCUGAAGGCAUCUCAAAGUGUAAUGGAUAUUGCUUUAAGAAAUACUAUAGCCAGCAAUCUGUCACUGACCAUAAUGGAAAAGAAUAAGUGAGACUCAGGUCUUUACAUGGGUUGAGAAGUAUGUGAAGGGCUGACGCUGACCCAAGUGGAUUGGCUUUGGGUAGGAGGGGGUUAAUUAUGUCUCAUGAAGAAAGGUUAAAGCUUGCUGAACCAAGUAGACACUAGAAUCCUAAGGACAAAGUCCCUGACUGUGUUGUCACUGUUCUCCAUGGAAACAGUUAUGUCAUGAAGUAUAAGUUCUGGUACCACUUGGAAAUCAAGUCUUUAGGAGAGUAUGGAGGGUUGAGGAAAGCAGCAACAUCCUGAGCCAAACUGAAAGGGUCAUCACACCAUCCAGAUUUAGAAGAAAAAGCCACUCCAAUGUCUUACAAAAUAGCCUAUUCUGAUACUACAAAGAUGUCUGAUGAUAUUGACUGGUUACACAGCCGCAGGGGCGUGUGCAAGGUUGAUCUCUACAGCCCAACAGGACAACAAGAUCAGGACCGGAAAGUGAUAUGCUUUGUCGAUGUGUCUACCUUGAGCGUUGAAGAUAAAGAUUCUAAGGAUGCUGCUGGUUGUAGUUCAGAAGGUGACUUAAACCUGGAGAAUCUAGAAGAAAAAGAAAUUAUUGUGAUCAAGGAUACUGAGAAGCAAGACCAGUCUAAGACGGAGGGAUCAGUGUGCCUUUUCAAACAAGCUCCUUCUGAUCCUUUAAGUGUCCUCAAUUGGCUUCUAAAUGAUCUUCAAAAGUACGCCCUAGGUUUCCAACAUGCAUUGAGCCCCUCAGCCUCCAGUUGUAAACAUAAAGUAGGAGAAACAGAGGGAAGCUGUCAAAAAUUGCCUUCUGGGAACUGCUACAGCAUCUAUGCCGAUCACCUGAACAUGGAUUAUGUGAAAAACGAACCUCAGAGCCUACGUCUGGAAAUGACAGCCGCCAAAAACACCAACAAUAACCAGAGUCCUUCUACUCCACCAGGCAAAUCUCCUAGUAAUCAGAGAGCAGUUAACUCCCCUGAUGGAGAAUGUUCUAUGGAUGAUCUCUCCUUCUAUGUCAAUCGAUUAUCUUCUCUGGUAAUCCAGAUGGCCCGUAAGGAAAUCAAGGAGAAGUUAGAAAAUGGGAGCAAAUGUCUUCAUCAUUCGAUCUAUCCACCCAAUGGGGACAAAGGGAAAAACAGCCCUCGCAGUGCUGUGAGCAAGAUUGCUUCUGAAAUGGCCCAUGACGCUGUAGAAGUGACCUCUGCAGAAAUGCGGGGCACUGGGGAGGAGUGUAGGGAUGGUGGUCGAAAAACCUUUCUGUAUAGUGAAUUAUCCAAUAAGAACAAAGGUGGAGACAAACAAAUGUGCCAAAGAGACAGCAAAGAAUUUGCAGAUUCCAUCAGCAAAGGACUCAUGGUUUAUGCCAAUCAAGUGGCAUCUGAUAUGAUGGUUUCUGUUAUGAAGACCUUGAAAGUUCAUAGCUCUGGGAAACCAAUUCCAGCUUGUGUGGUCCUGAAGAGGGUGCUAUUGAAACAUACCAAAGAAAUUGUGUCAGAUUUGAUUGACUCCUGCAUGAAGAACCUACAUAACAUCACUGGGGUCCUGAUGACCGACUCAGACUUUGUCUCAGCUGUCAAGAGGAAUCUGUUCAAUCAUGGGAAACAAAAUGCUGCUGAUAUCAUGGAGGCUAUGCUGAAACGUUUGGUCAGUGCUCUUCUUGGUGAAAAAAGGGAAACUAAGUCUCAGUGUUUGUCAUAUGCAUCCUUGAAAGCCGGGUCCCAUGAUGCCAAGUGCAAAAACCAAAGUCUUGAAUUUUCAGCUAUGAAGGCUGAGAUGAAAGGAAAGGACAAAUGUAAAGUGAAGCAAGAGGAAUGCAAGUCUUUGACCAGUGCUGAGAAAGUCAGUGAACAUAUUCUCAAGGAGAGCCUGACUAUGUGGAACCAAAAGCAGUGUAAUCAAGGCAAGAUGCCUAGCAAAACCUGUCCCCAUAAGGAGGAAAAGAGAGAGAAGAUCAGCCCUUCCACAGAUUCACUGGCAAAGGACUUGAUUGUCUCUGCCCUUAUGCUGAUCCAGUACCAUCUGACCCAGCAGGCCAAGGGCAAAGAGGCAUGUGAAGAUGACUGUCCAUCUGGUAGCAUGAGCUAUAUGACCCAGAGUGCCCAAUAUGAAAAGUGCGGAGGUAGCCAAAAUGCCAAGGCACUUUCAAUGAAACAUCUAGAAACUCGUGGAGCACCUGGACCAUCCACCUCUCUGAAGGACAAUCAACAUCUGGAUUCCCAGAAGCUGGAUAUGUCAAACAUGGUUCUAUCACUUAUUCAAAAACUGCUUAAUGAGAGCCCCUUCAACUGUGAAGAUCUGUGUGAAGGUGAGAACAAACAUUCCGAGGUCAGGACAAACAAAUCAACCUCCAUGUUCAAGAAGUCUGACAGAGAGGAAGAACAAAGCCAGGACAAUCGAGAAGUUGACUUUGUCAGUGGGAUGAAGCAAGUGAACCGACAAUUUAUAGAUCAGCUGGUAGAAUCUGUGAUGAAGCUGUGCCUUAUCAUGGCUAAGUACAGCAACAACGGGGCAGCCCUCACUGAUUUGGAAGAACAAGCAUCCUCAUCCAACAACUCUAAUUUUUACCAGGCCAGUGGCUCCAGAUGUAGUCAUGAAGCUGGGAUUUCUCAGAGCUCCCAAGACUCUAAUGGACCUGAAGUCAUCGUCAAUAAUCAAUGCUCAACAAGCAGCUUGCAAAGGCAGCUCCAAGCCGUCCUGCAGUGGAUUGCAGCCUCACAAUUUAAUGUACCCAUGCUCUACUUCAUGGGAGAUGAUGAUGGACAACUGGAGAAGCUUCCUGAAGUUUCGGCUAAGGCAGCAGAGAAGGGGUACAGCGUAGGAGAUCUUCUUCAAGAGGUCAUGAAGUUUGCCAAGGAACGACAACUGGAUGAAGCCGUGGGAAACAUGGCUAGAAAACAACUGCUAGACUGGCUGCUCGCUAACUUGUGAGCCAACAACUCCUUUGCCUCCUCUCCCUCUCCGUUUACUCCUUGCCCCCAGCAGCAUUCCAUCCCAGCUGAAACACCCCUACCAUCAAGCCAGUGAACUGCACUCUACAUGAUUGUAUUUCCCAAUACAUCAGCAGUUGGACUGUGCAAAUACAGGGUGUCCCAACAAGCUGGGAAAGAAAAUGAAUAAAAAAAAAAUUAAGAAAAAAUGGUGCCAGUGUUUUCUUGGUCAGAUAUAUCUAAGGCAAUUGGGUCCAGUUUCAAGGAAUGAUGAUACAGUGUUGGACUUGUGUCCAUAUCUCACCCUGGUUUAUUUUCUAAGCAACCAAGACACAAGGGUAUAACCCAUGUCCAAGUUCCUAAGUCAU